AUAGUGAUCUGGUGGCCAAAAUCCAAAGUUCUAGUGUCACAUUCUGGAAUUUGCAUCUCAAUUUUUCGUGCUUUAAUUUUCACCAAAUUUCUAGUAAUUCUAUGAGCCAAUUGUACAGCCUAGCAACAAGAUGCGCGUGAAGGCCUUGUAUGACUUCACGGGAGAGCCUAACACAUCCGAGCUAUCCAUUCACGAAGGCGAGGUGCUUACUGUGACCCGGACAGAUGUAGGGGAAGGUUGGUGGGAGGGUAGCAAUAAAGCCGGACGUACUGGUCUCUUUCCUGCGGCCUACGUUGAACCUGUAUCAGAGCCUCCGGCGGCUCCGGCUCCAGUAGCCCCAAAGACAGCCCAGUAUCCACCUCUGCCGCGCUACGAUCAGACUCCCGACGACUGGAAUGAGCAACAGGAUGACUGGGAGGACGAUUGGGACGAUGAUCAGGAUACCUACUCGGAAAUAGGCCCUGCAACGGGCACCAACAGCCAACCUGCUGCUACGCCUUUCAAUCAUACGGCAGCUCUGCCACCGCGACCGGCAGAUGACGCCAUCUCUGUGACGUCGGCCAGUGCACCAGUGAAGAGUCGCUCGAAGAUGUUCAGCAAGUCCAGUGAUUCCUACAUCAUGGGGAUUACGCAGGUUUCGGUGCCGGAGAGUGAGAAGGUGACCAUUCUGCCAGUGGAUCAUGGCUUCAUGUGGCGUCACACCAAGGAGGCCUAUACAGUUAAGGUGGCGUCGCCCAAGAAGGAGACCAAAUUCAAGGGUAUGAAGAGUUUCAUAGCCUACCAACUGACGCCCAGUUUCAACAAUGUCUCCGUCUCUCGGCGCUACAAACACUUCGAUUGGCUCCAUGGGCGACUCGUGGACAAGUUCUCCCUCAUUCCCAUUCCACCGCUUCCGGAUAAGCAGAUUUCGGGGCGUUACGAAGAGCAGUUUAUUGAACAUCGGAGAGUGCAGUUGCAGGAAUUUGUUGACUGGAUGUGUAGGCAUCCGGUUCUGUCGUCGUGUGAAGUUUGGAUGCAUUUUUUGACGUGCACGGACGAGAAGAAGUGGAAGAGUGGCAAGAGAACGGCUGAGAAGGAUCCCCUGGUGGGGGCUGUCUACUGUGCAGCAAUUGUGGCUCCGGAAAAGCAACUGCUGCAGAGUCAAGUUGACAUGCAGGUGGACACGUGCGGUAACUUUGUGCAUCAGAUGGACUCGGCAGUGAAGACGCUGUCAAUCAUUGCCACGGAACAGACAAAGAAGUAUCAGAUGCAGUGGAAGAAGGAUUUCCAGAGGAUUGGCGAAGGGUUGUCCGAACUGGCGAGAUCUCUGGAGGUGGAUGAAAGGAGAGCCAGCACGAGUACUUGCCUAUCGAAUUCCGUUGGUCUGACAGCCGGAGUGUUCAUUGGGAUUGGGCAAUUGUUUGGGGAUCAGGCUAAACACGAUUGGAUUCCGUUGUCAGAUCGCCUGCACAUCUACAAGGGCGUUCUUGGGGCCUUUCCGGACAUUCUGUCGGAGCACAAGAAUGCCAUGGCGAAGAAGAGGGACUGCGAGAAGUUGACGGGAGAUCAGAAGAUGAGCAAUGCUCAGCUGCAAGAAGUCAAUAGGCGCACGGAUGUGAUGUCAUACGCCGUUAUGGCGGAACUGUCACAUUUCCGGGCGGAACGCGAUAAUCACCUAAAGGGGACACUGAGAGAAUUUAUUGCCGCCCAAAUUGCCUUCUAUCAGACCAUUGUGUCUCGUCUGCAAGCGGCUCAGCAGUUCUUUGAGUGAGAGAGAGAGAUCUUCGUGAUCUUCUGGGACCAGAGAAGUGCAUUUACAAGCUUUAUUCUGAACAGUGAAAAAGAUUCUGUGAGAGUGUCUCUGGUGAACCAUGAGAGAAAACAAACAACUUCAGUAUAUUUCGCCCCCUCAAAAACUUCCUUCAAUCUCCCUUCCUUCAUCCACAAAAAGGUAAGAGAUUUAUUUUUAUAAUACUAAGAAAAAAAAAUCAUUUUUCGCUCAUCCUGAUUUUAAGUCAAAAGAAAAAACAACAUAAAACCCCUUAAAAAAAAUUCAAUUGGGAAUUUUGGAAGAGAAAAUUGUACACAAAUUUUUUUAUUUAAUCAUAUUGUUUAUUUUCAAUGCAAAAUUUACUAUUAUACACUAUACAUCUUUGAGAUAUAAAAAAAAUCGUGUUUAUUGUUGUAGCAAAGAUGGAUUUUGCUACAAACAAGAUAUUAAUGACAGGUAUUUGUGAAUGAAUAUGGUGGAAAAAACAAUAUUCCAAGAAAAAUGUUUUCAUUUUGUAUAUUUUCAAGAUUUUGCAAUAAAAUUUACCAACUUGCAAAAUUAAA